CUUUUUCAGCUAUGUAAAAGUGCAGCUUGUGUAUAUGCAAAGUAGAUUUCAAGUUUUUAGUUAAUUGGGGUUUAAGAUUGAGAUCAGAAGAAGUAUUUGGUUUUCUCCUUAGUUUCAAGAUCAGUUUUUUAAUUUUCCCUUUUUCCGAGUUUAUGAAUAGAAUCAGUAGUUUCUGGAAUUGGGUUGUGUGGAUUUAUCUUUUUCUUUCUGUUUUUGAAGGUGGGUUGGGAAAUUUUAAUUCAUUCAUUUCACUUUGGUUUAGAUCGACUUCAUUGAUAAAAAUAGCAUAAUUGAGUUUGACUGUGGUUUUGAUAAGAAAGCAUGAACCGCCAUCAAUCUGCAAGACAAACUUCAGGUAAAAGAGCACUGAAUGAUCUUCUGACUCGACCUGACAAUCGUGUGUGUGCAGAUUGUGGUGCUCCGGACCCAAAAUGGGCGUCGUCAAAUAUUGGAGUCUUUAUAUGCUUAAAGUGCUCUAGUGUCCAUAGAGGCCUCAGCACACAUAUUUCAAAGGUUCUGUCUGUGACGUUAGAUGACUGGUCCGACGAUCAAAUAGAUUCGAUGGUUGAAGUUGGUGGGAAUGCAUCUGCAAAUUCCAUAUACGAGGCUUAUAUUCCUCAAGGGGUAUCAAAGCCUAGGCCCGAUGCUGGCCCUGAAGCACGCUCUCAGUUUAUCAGAUCGAAGUACGAGCUUCAGGAAUUCUUGAAACCUAGCCUGCGUAUUCUGUCAACUGCUUCAAAGAACUCUUUUCGAUCUAGUAUGUCCACGAAGAUUUCAGAUAGCUUUCGAAGUUCAGCUUCAUCACAGAAUUCAGAAGGCAUGGCCGAGUUUAUUGGAACGUUGAAGGUUAAAGUACUAAAAGGCACGAAUCUAGCUGUUCGGGAUAUGCUAUCUAGUGAUCCGUAUGUUGUCUUGAAACUCGGAAAGCAGAGAGUUCAAACAACUGUGAUGAAGAGCAACUUGAAUCCCGUGUGGAACGAGGAACUUAUGGUCUCCAUUCCACAAAAAUACGGCCCUAUCAAGCUGGAAGUUUAUGACUACGACACAUUCUCUGCGGAUGAUAUAAUGGGGGAAGUCGAGAUAGACAUUCAGUCGAUGAUAACUUCUGCUACUGCAUUCGGGGAUGUUGCAACGUUUGAGAACAUGCAGAUUGGGAGAUGGCUGAAGUCAAACGACAACGCGUUGUUGGAAGACAGCACAGUGAAUAUUGUGGAUGGGAAGGUGAAGCAGUUAGUAUCUUUGAAGCUGCAAAAUGUGGAAUCUGGAGAAAUACAUCUUGAGCUGGAGUGGAUGCCUAUUGAUCAAUAAUAGUAGUACUAUAUAAAUUGUGUUUUAUAUGUUGAUAUAUAUUUGUUAAUUUUUUCCUCAUUGUUAUUUGAAAGAUAAAUAUUCAAAGUCUAGGAGCCACGGUGUUUACUUUUCUUUUUUUACUUUAAUAAAAUCAGUAAAUUUUUUGUA